AUGGCAUCAGCUGUCUCUAAUUCAAAGGAUUUUGAAGAAGAAAUACAAAAAGCACGUGAAUAUUAUAUGUACGGGGAUUAUAAUAAAGGUAUAACAUUUUAUAAAUUAGCUAUUGAUAAACUUCGACGUUAUUGUCAAACAUUAUUCGAUGGAGCUGAAAAAAAACGUGGCACUGAAUGUCUAGCAGAACUUGAGCGAGAACUUCAAUCAACAAUAGAACAUGAACGAAUGAUUAGUGAAAUUCAUGAAAAUUUAUUAGGAAAAUUUAUUGGUGGUGGACGAUCUGUUAGUAGUGAUGCUUAUAAUGAUUUAAAUGAUGGAGAUAGUUUUUAUAACGCAGUUAUUGAUGAGCGUCCAACACGUGAUUUAGGUUUUAAUAAUAAUCGAAAUCCUCCAUAUGGUGCUACUCCAUUUCAAACACCAGCUGCACGUUUUCAAGAAGUUCGUCGUGAUGUACGAUCAACAAAUAAUAAUAUAAAAGCUAGAAAAGUUCCAUCAAAUCUUCCUGAUAAUAAACAAAAACAACAUGAUAAUAAACGUGUUAAUAAUCAACAAAAUAGUGGAGAGAGAAAAUAUCAACCUACAAAUGCAGAAAAAGAUUUAGUUGAAGGAUUAGAACGUGAUAUUGUUCAAAAAGAUCCUAAUGUUCGAUGGUCGGAUGUUGCAGGUUGUGUUGCAGCAAAAAAAUUAUUACAAGAAGCUGUUGUAUUACCACUUUAUAUGCCAGAUUUCUUUAGAGGUAUUCGUCGACCUUGGAAGGGUAUUCUUUUAUUUGGUCCACCUGGUACAGGAAAAACCAUGUUAGCUAAAGCAGUAGCAACAGAAUGUAAAACAACAUUUUUUAAUGUUGCUGCUGCAAAUUUAACAUCAAAAUAUCAUGGUGAAGGUGAAAAAUUAGUUCGAUUACUUUUUGAAUUAGCUAAAUUUUAUGCACCAUCAACGGUAUUUAUUGAUGAAAUUGAUUCAUUAUGUUCAGCACGUGGUCAAACAAAUGAACAUGAAGCUAGUCGACGUGCUAAAUCUGAAUUACUUAUUCAAAUGGACGGAGUAUCAGGUGCACUUGGAAAUGAUGAUCCGUCAAAAAUGGUUAUGGUACUUGGUGCAACAAAUCAUCCAUGGGAUCUUGAUGAUGCUAUGCGUAGACGAUUAGAAAAGCGUAUUUACAUUCCAUUACCAGAUCUUGAAACACGAAAACAAUUACUUGAAAUAAAUUUAAAAGAAGUUCCACUUGAUACAGAUGUUAAUUUAAAUUUAAUAGCUGAAAAACUUGAAGGAUAUUCUGGAUCAGAUAUAACUAGUGUUUGUCGAGAUGCAGCAAUGAUGCAAAUGCGUCGUGUAACUGAAAAUUUAAGUAUGAGUGAAAUACAAAAUAUAGCACAAAAUUUAAAAGAACAAUUACAAUUACCAACAAAAAUGGAAGAUUUUACAAAUGCUAUUUCGAAAAUUUCAUCAUCUGUUUCAAAAGAGGUGCUUGAAAAAUAUGAUAAAUGGAUGAAAGAUUUUGGUUCAGUUUAA